AUGUUGCUCAGCCCCGUCAUCCCCCUGCUUGGCGCACUGUACGCAACCUUUGUGAUCCUGCGCUACCUGGUCCAGUUACACCAGCACCGCCAGCAGGCCAAAUCCCUGCACUGCCAGCCUGCCCCGGCCGGCUCAUCCAAUUUCUUCGGCAUCCCCGCGUUUUUCCGGCUCACCAAGGCCGUGCGCGAGAAGCGCUGGAUCGACUACUUGACCGAUCAAUAUAGCCUCUAUGGCAACACCUUCACCCAGCGAUUCCUGGCGCGGAAUCUGAUCACCUCCAUCGAGCCGGAAAACGUCAAGGCCAUUUUGGCUACACAAUUCCAGGAUUUCUGUCUAGGCACCCGCCACGAGCAAUUCUAUCCAUUGCUCGGAGACGGUAUUUUCACCCUCGAUGGAGCCGGGUGGUCGCAUGCCCGCGGUUUGCUGCGGCCGCAGUUUACCAGAGAUCAGGUCGCAGAUCUGGCCUUGCUGGAUGACCACAUCAAGCACCUGGUGGACCUGAUCCCCAAGGACCGAAGUAGCUUCGAUAUCCAGCGCCUGUUCUUCCUGUUGACCUUGGACUCGGCGACCCAUUUCUUGUUCGGCGAGUCUGUCGGCUGCAUGCUCCCACCAUCCGAGACCACCGGUGUUUUGGAAAAGUCGUCUGUGGGUAACGCCCAGGGCUUUGCUGAAGCAUUCGGCACUGCCCAGGAUUACCUCGCUGCUCGGUCUCGCGCCCAGGGCUUGUACUGGCUCGUCAACCCCAAGGAGUUCCGCGAGGCUAAUCGUCGUGUCCACGAAGUCGUCGACCACUAUGUCAAUGUUGCACUGGAGAGCAAAAGAAAUCCCGAGAAGAAGGAGGGCCGGUAUAUCUUCCUCGAGGCUCUGGCUGCCGAUACCGACGACCCGAAGAUGCUGCGUGACAACAUGCUUAACAUCCUUCUGGCGGGCCGAGAUACCACGGCAAGUCUGCUGAGCUCGACCUUUUUCUACCUUGCGCAACACCCACAUGUCUUUGCCCGUCUGCGCCGCGAGAUUGUCGAGGCGUUCGGAGAUGCCAAGAACUCUCGUGUGGAAAUCACUCAGAGCAAGCUGAAGGAGGUCUCAUAUCUGCGAUAUGUCUUAAACGAGGUACUCCGUCUUCAGCCCCCGGUCCCGGUCAACUUCCGUGUCGCCACCAAGAACACCUCCCUUCCCGUCGGAGGAGGACCGGACCAGCGAUCACCCAUCUACGUGAAGAAGGGAUCUAUGGUCGCCUACAACGUCUUCGCCAUGCAUCGUCGCAACGACUUCUGGGGCAAGGAUGCGCGCAUCUUCCGACCCGAGCGCUGGGAAGAGAAUGCAAAGCACGGGUGGGAGUACCUCCCUUUCAAUGGUGGACCGCGCAUCUGCCUUGGACAGCAAUAUGCCCUUACGGAAGCCAGUUAUACUGUGGCCCGCCUUUUGCAGCAUUUUGACACCCUUGAGAAUGCGGAUCCGCAUCCCCGCCAGGAGCCUAUCAAGCAGUCCAACCUUACUAUGAUGCACGACCAAGGCGUGCCGGUUCGGCUGUAUGCGUCGGAUCUUAUCUGA